UCAGAGAUAUUUAUGGAGCCGUGUCUCAGGUGGCUUGCAGCUGCCACGCGAGCGACCCUCGUCCUGGUGGGCGCUCACCGAUGGCUGCGUGCGUCUGACGUCCUGACUUGAACGUCGCAGGGCAACGACACGCCGGCCGAGCACGGUAUCCGCCGUGGUCCAGACUGUGCAUGCCUCCCAAGCUCUCUUCCCCGCAGCCACCCCUCGCCUUACGUGCACGCAUAUCGACGAGCAACCCCGGCACGACGCGCGUGCGAACAGCUGGCGGAGACAGAGCCAUGGGUCGCGAGCCCGCGGCAAGGGAACGCUCAACGGCCGUGGGCAUCUGUGUCACUGUCCCUGCGUGCCAUUCCCGCACGCACGGCGGCAAACCCGUGUACGCAUUCCCAGAGACGGAAACAUCAGCGCCGACGGCAUGCAAUCCGCUCAGAAGGCAUUUACCCGGUCAGCAUCUUGCUCCAACGUGCGACGAACACACGCCGUUGUCCCAGGCCACGAGGCGAGACACGGAGGCAGACGUCCACCGUCCAGGGCCUAUUGGGUUUGCCAGGCUCGGAGCGGUGACGGCUCUGCAGGCGGCGACGUGUCGACGCAGAGUCAUCUUUGCCGUCAUGGUUUGACACAGGGAAUGGCAGGGGAAGCACAGUAGGGCCUCGUGUGAGAUCCUGCGCCUUGCCGACUUUGCACAAUGCUCGAC